GGUGCAUUGAGUUACGAUGUCUGGCAACCAAUGAACAAUGGCGGCUCCCAGUGAAAUAGGUGGGAAGAUUGUGCAUAGCGUUUCCUCAGGUAGAGAAUGCCGAAAAAGAACAACCCACUCAAAGGAUUUGUUGAGGAGCGAAGUUGUUUCAAGGGACGAACACCUGCUAUCCUUGCUGCACUCGACGGGACCCCCGAAGACGUUUCAGAUGAAAAGCACUUUGUUGGAGAAGGCGAAGGUGUUUCUCCCACAGAUGGAAAAGGCUGAAAAGGAGAGGUUAAGUGGGAAAGGUGAUGACUUGAACAUUGAAGUAGAGGCCACGUCUGAUGAGCCAAUGAUUGAAAUGAACUUUGCACUUGUGGAGGCAGCCGAGGACUCCUUCAGUGAUUGCACAUCUGAAUCUGAAAGCAGCUCAUCAGAUGUGGAAGAAGAGAAUGCGAUUUUAGUUGAUGGUUGCAAAUUGAAAUUGCCUUCAAGAACCAGCAGCAGCAAGAUCAGUGAUGUGAACAAAGAGCCUGGCACAUGAAAAAUUGCUUCCUUCUCUUCAUCACUUGUAAGAGAGAACGCUGCAGAAGACAAGCGGACAGGUUGUGUGGCUGUGCAGUGAGUUGCAGUACAAGCAUUGUGAGGUGCAUUUAAUAUGGUUUUGAUUCGGCGCGUCUCGUAAACCGAAUGUAGUCUGGCUGGAGGCCAUGUACCUUGGGCGCUGUGGCUUUGUGAUGCAAGACUCUUCUGGCCAAACCACAGUGAAUCGGGUAUGAAAACCACAGCUUGCAUCAAAUGUGAUUUCUGACAGAAGCGUCGAUCAAGUAUAUUGGGAUCAAGGUGUGCGUGAGGCAUUUAUGGUGCUAUGCCAUGAGUAUGUACAGGCCUGUGCAGAACUGAACAGUUUUUCUGCAGUGAGACAGACACUCUACUCACUCAGAGGGGUGGUAGAGUCGCCCAUCAUAAUUGGGGCAAUGUCAAUAAAAUUGCAAUGAGUUGCUAUUGGAGCAGUUGUGCACCCCCUCUGCACAAGUGCACCCCCAUUUCACCUGCUGCCGUGGUGUCGCGCCACAGAAAAUGACGUCUGUCCAGUGUUCCAUAAAUUUGUGCAGACCUCUACUAAGCCUAUCUACCGUAGCCUUGUCAAAGUUGUAUGUGCAGAUGUGGUAGUCAAGUGCACUGAUCACCAACUUUCACUGUGCUGGUCUCCUAAUGUCAGCCCGACCACUCAUUACGAAGAUGUGCUGUAAAAGACAUUCAAACUUUCAUCAGACCUGUGGAAUUGCAUUUAUUUCACUCCAUUGCACUUGUUAAAGGACUGUUAUACAGUGCUAAUAAAAUAUAAAAUCUG